GCACGAUGGAUGUGGGAGAAGUGAUCUACACCUUGUUGGAGGUGCUCAUUGCUGUUUGCUGCUGUCUUGGAAAUAUGUUGGUCAUUUUGGCACUGUGGACCGGCAAGAUCAUUCAGCAACCGACCUUCUGCCUUAUUAUCUGCCUGGCUGUGGCUGAUUUUAUGGUUGGCUGUGUGGCCAUACCGCUGGCUGUGUUGGUGGACGGACGAGUGAAGACUUCAUUCCAUGGUUGUCUCUUCAUCAGCUGUGUUGUCAUCCUGUUGACACUGGUCUCGGUUUUGUGUCUCACGGCUAUUGCAGUGGAUCGAUUCCUCAGGGUGUUUAUCCCUCUCAGGUACAAAAGGACUGUAACACAGAGACAUUCUUUGGUCGUCGUAGCAGCAUGCUGGCUUCUUGCAGUGCCAAUGAGUUUUUCUCCAAUGCUUGGAUGGUACAACCAUGAAACCUUGGCUGCGUCAGUCAACUCAACUAUUGUCUGCAAGUUUACAGAUGUGAUCCCCAUGUCAUACCUGGUUUACUUCAGUUUUUUCCUCUGCACCCUGACACCUCUGUUGGUAAUGACUGUAUUGUAUGGCUACAUUUUCUGCAACAUUCGAGGAAACCUUCGAGACAAACCAGGCAACGGUGCCCAAAUCCAGUCUCAGAACUACCUGAAGAAAGAGAAACAGCUGGCAGGAUCUCUGUCUCUGGUCUUGGCUCUGUUUGCCCUGUCCUGGAUCCCUCUCCACGUUAUGGACUGCAUUGCUUACUUCAGUGGGCCGAAUAGUGUACCAGCAGAAGCUUUCCAUGUCGGCAUCCUGCUCAUUCAUGCUAACUCGGCUGUAAACCCAGUUGUGUACGCGUUCAAAAUACAGAAGAUCAAGACAGCGUACCUGAAGCUGUGGAGACGGUAUACUGCAUGUGGAGAAGAAAAUCAAGGCUCUCAGACAAGCCAGACAACAGACAACAAUCUCAGCAGUAACAUCAACAAUGCGGCCAAAAAUGAGUGAAUGAAGAUUUCCUUCUUUGUUCUUGAUGACUAUAUGACAAAACAGGCUUAUUGUUGAAUGCAAAGACCGAUACGUUUUCUCUUGACUCACAUGAAUGUAUUUUAUUCAGCUGUUGCAUGGUUUUAGUUUGGAAAUGUUCACUUCCGUAUUGGUUGUUUUAUCAGAUAUGCUGUGCUUUUUAUAGGUUUGUGGUUAGCCAACUCGUUUUCAUGCCAAGUUGUCACAUAUCGCUGCUUUGUCAGUCACCCUACAUUCAGUGUGUUAGGUAUUCUCCUGCAGUGCCGUGCACAGACAUUUUGCAGGGCAAGUGCUCAAGUGGAAAAAAGGCACUGCCAUUUUCCAUGCACAAAAAGCUGGGGGGAUGUCUGUCUAGUCCACAUAUGAGGUGUCUAAAUACCCAUACAAUAUACACCUAGCCACUGCU